AUGAAACUACAUAUUGAAGGAUUUUGGGGUGACGAAAUUAAUAAUUUAUAUAUGUUUAAGCUUGUUUUAAAGUUGGGUGGUUAUGGAUUGAUGCACGUUUUUAGAAUUAUAGGUGUGAUUUUGGGUGGUUUAAUGACUUUAAAUUCUUCAGGUUUUUGUCAUUGUUGUUUGAUAAUAAUUGGGCAUGGAUUAUGUUCUUCUGGUUUAUUUUGUUUAUCUAAAAUUGUUUAUAAGUAA